AUGUAUGUCUCACUCGUUGUCAAUACGGCACAACAGUUGAUACAAAUGAUGGCAUCACUCGAGACCACAGAUGACGGCAAUGAAGACAAUGACACACAACAGCCAAUGAUUUACCCGAAGAACUCAAUGGACAGAUUCGGUGAUGACAUGUGUGCACUCAUAUUAUCUCAUCUCUCAUUCGAAGACCGAUUUCGUUACGAAUGUGUGUCCAAACAGUUCCGGAGGACAGUCUUCGGGAGUGUUGUCGACAUUACUAUUGAUGACAAACGUAUGCGUACAGUAAAUAUACAAACGUUGGUCACAAUCGCCACAAAGUGUCCAAACAUUGAGACCAUUGAUUGUCGAGGAAUAGACAGAUAUGUGGAACACAUUCCCGAAGUGUUGCAUACAUUUCGAGACAAUUGCCGGCAUUUGCGGCAAAUUUAUUGCGAUUUGUGGCAAAAUAGUGAACAAACUUUGGCCACAUUUGGACCACUGGUCACCCGAAUCGGUGCCGUCCGGUCGGAUGGUAUGCGCGAAGCUCUCACUCAAUGCGACCGAUUGUCACAUUUUGCGGUCUAUAAGAUUGCGGACAUGUUUGAGAUCGAUCACAACGACGAGUCGCCCGGUAUACUACUGGCCAAACAUUUGCGUUCAUUCGAGUUGUCCAACUUUUCGGACAUUACAGACUAUGUCGACGAUUCUAGACAACACUGGUCUGCAUUCGUGGCCGCGAAUCAGUCGCUCCAGAGUCUGGUCGUAAAGAAUUGUUGGUUCAAUCAAACCGAGGGUCUGACCGAAAUGUGCGGCCAAUUGUCACGAUUGCCGCGAUUACGGGAACUGACACUCGGUUUGACGUUAACGGUCGGCCAGUCGUCAGUAUUGGCCGACUCUUUGCGCGCGAUUGGCCUGAAUUGUGAACAAUUGAAACGAAUGGCACUCGAGUUGACCAGAAAUAAUCCCGCCGCAACCGUACCGAAGAUAUCGUUGCAUUCAUUGGCAUAUUAUCGCCGAUUAAAGCGACUCAAAUUGAGGGUCACGUUACCAAUCGAUGACCUAUUAUUGGAUCCGUUGAGACACUGCAAGAGAUUAAUGCAUUUAGAGCUCUGUUUAUGGCAAAUGAAAGCAAAUGUGUUGAAAGAUGUGCACAUAAAGUGUCCUCGACUUCAAUACCUAACCAUUAGAGCUUAUGGUAUAACUCACGAGUGUUUGGAUCACAUCUCAAGACUACCGGCGCUUCAGAUGCUUGUCAUCCGGUGUUACCGCUCUAUUACUCGUGAUCUUAUAUUUUAUGAUUACUCGCAACUGUUGGCCACAAAUCCCAGACUCAAAGGCAUUGAAAUCCGUGCCGACAAUUACACGAAGGAUUAUUGGCGUAAAAUUAAUUAA